AUGCAUCUUUACACUGCCCUGCUUGGGCUCAUAACCGGAGUGGUAGCUCAGUCUACUGUAGAUUAUUCACAAUAUGUUCUCACAUCAAAUGGCGAGGCCAGUGGAGGCAAUACCUUCCCUGGAGUUUCUUUACCUUUUGGUAUGGUCAAGCUUGGGCCUGAUAUGUUUACGGGAAGUGAUAGUUAUUCUGGAGCUGCAUUGAGUGGCAACUUUACCGGAUUUUCCAUGAUGCACGAGAGUGGAACUGGAGGAUCACCGAAAUAUGGCGUCGUCUCACAGAUGCCAAUACUUGGGAACAUAACCAACCCACUGAUCAACCUGAAUGAUACUCGAGCCUCUCCCGAUAUCACAUCGGUAGGAUACUAUAAAGCUUCGCUGGGAAGCAACAUCACUGUCGAAUUGUCGGCAACAAGUCGUGCGGGAUUUUAUCAGUAUACAUUCCCAGAGGGAGAAGGUACCCCAAACGUAGUUGUUGAUGUGUCUCAUGUAUUACCAUCCUAUCGAAAACAAGGCCUUUCUCAGAAUUACCUUGGCGGGAAUAUCACUGUGCUAGAGGAUGGACACUAUGAAGGAUUUGGUGAUUAUAACAAUGGAUGGAAUAUGGCACCUGACUGGAGAAUAUACUUUUGUGGCUAUUUCGAAAGUCCAGCGACGUCAAAGACAUUUAUAGGAACGAGCCUCAAUGGAAGCGCAGUCGCAAGUUAUGGUACAGAGAAAUCUGCUUCUUCCAAAACUCGACUAGGAGCCAUAUUCAGUUUCAACACUACAACGGUAGUCUCCAGAGUAGGGAUAUCUUUUAUAUCAUCAGCCCAGGCUUGUGGAAACGUCAAUUCACAAAUACCUCCUGGUAAAACGCUCUCCACCUUGACCAACGAUGCGAAAAGUGUCUGGAAUACCGAGGUUUUAUCCAAAGUCACGACUACCGAGACCAAUAAAACGAAUUUGCAGUUGUUAUAUAGCUCCCUGUAUUUCAUGCACUUAUUACCAUCCAAUCGGACCGGGGAAAACCCACUCUGGGCUUCAUCAGAGCCAUACUAUGAUGAUACCUUUACGACGUGGGAUCUAUUUCGGUGUACUUUUUCGUUGCUUCAUAUACUUCAGCCAGUAGCAUAUGAGGAGUAUAUCCGAUCACUAAUUGACAUUUUCCGAUUUGAAGGUUAUAUGCCAGAUGCGAGAUCCUCAAAUUUCAAUGGUGCAAUACAAGGGGGGUCUAACUCUGAUAAUGUGCUAGCUGAUGCCUAUGUAAAGGGGGUGAGAGGGGCAGUGAAUUGGACCACUGGAUACGAAGCUAUGGUCAAAAAUGCUGAGAUUACCCCCGAUAAUAAUAACGAUCCUCGAGAUAAUUCGUCUUCGACUAAAGAAGGUCGUGGAGCACUUCCCGAUUGGUUACAGUAUGGGUAUAUCACACCAAAAUAUGGCCGAUCUGUGUCUCGAGCUGUCGAGUAUUCUUUUAACGACUUUUCCCUUUAUCAAGUAGCGACUGGGUUAGGAGUAAAAGAUGACGCAACGAAGUAUUUGAAGAGAUCUCGUAAUUGGGUAAAUCACUGGAACCCGAAUGCUACUUCUCUAGGAUUUAAUGGGUUUCUCGUUCCUAGAAGUGCAUUAGGAUUCAUCAAACAGGACCCACUCUCGUGUGGUGGUUGUUAUUGGGGAGAUGCUUACUAUGAAGCACUACCUUGGGAAUAUUCCUUCAAUAUGCAUCAUGACAUGAACACACUGAUCGCAUUAUCAGGUGGACCAUCAACCUUCGUCAAUCGUCUUGACACCAUGUUUAAAGCUGGGAUCAACACCUCUGGGCGCUCAUCAGCAUUUAACAAUACGAUUUUCAACCCAGGGAAUGAGCCAUCGUUCACCACACCUUACUUGUAUAACUACGUGGGAAGGCAAGAUUUGAGUGUGAUGCAAUCUCGAUACAUUGCAAAGUCAUAUUACUCACCUACACCUGGUGGGUUACCAGGGAAUAGUGAUGCUGGCGCAAUGGAAUCAUGGCUAAUCUGGAAUAUGCUUGGGUUAUACCCUAUGGUAGGGCAAACCACCUUCUUAAUUGGCAGUCCAUGGUUCGCCAACACAACUAUUCAACUUGGUGGCGGAAAAACACUUGCCAUGACUACUGUUGAUGGAUCCGAGUCCUCCUUCUAUGUCCAAUCUCUCAAGGUUAAUGGAAAACCAUGGAAUCAAUCAUGGCUUACUUGGAACGAUGUCUUUGCCAAUGGUGGAACAAUGGAUUUUGUUCUUGGGCCUCAACCCUCCAAUUGGACAACGGGACCAGCACCACCAAGUCCAGCGAGCAUGGUCAGCGACACUGCCAAUCCCAACAGUGUUCUGACACCGGUGCCCACAGCUCCCGAUCCUAAGUCUCAUAAUGGCAUUGAACGGGAGAGGAGAAAAGCAAUGCUGAGAGAGAUAGCUUUCGUGAUCCUAGCUAUAACUGUGGUAACAAUUUCCUGCGGAGGAAUUUGGUAUUGGCGAAAAAGAAAUGCUACAAUGAAAGAAGGGUUUGCACGAGGAAUUGAACAUAGUAGCAAAAACUACAAACAAAAGUUAUUGGGAUGGAUAAAAUGGAGACCAAUGGGUGCUCCAAAGAAUGAUUUGAAUAGAUCAAUCACUACAAAGAAUGGCCUUAGGAGUAUCAGUGAAGAUACUAUGGUUGAUGUGAGAGAAUCAGACAACCAAAGUCCUGGGAAGGUACCUAUGAUUAAAGUGAAAGGACUUCAUGAGACUUCAUCUGAGGAAGCUCUUGAACCUUGGACGCCUUCUGGAACAAACAGAAGGAUAUUUGAUGAGAGGGGUUAG